AUGCCUAGAAAAGCAGCAAAAGAAAGUCGAGAGCUAGAUCACGAGGUUGAAACAUUUGACCCAGAUGGGGAUGUUAUCAUUGUUGCCAAGGGUAAAUCCCUCGAUGACGAUAAACGCUUUCUUUUAUCAUCCAAGCUACUCAGUCUCGCUUCACUGGUAUUUGCAAAAUUCUUCGGGCCAAAUUUCUAUGAAGGAGCGCAAGUGGCGACCUGUACCUGCCCCGAGAUCCCUUUGUACGACGACGACCCGGACCUAAUGCGUGUAUUGCUUGCUCUACUCCAUUACCAGGAGCCAGAAGAGAUACCUUACAACAGUACAGAAUGGCUGGCUAAGCUCGCCAUCCAUUGUGACAAGUACGAUUGCGUGAAGGCACUUCGACCAUGGGUGUCGAAUUGGAUUUAUGAGUUUGAAUCAAUCUAUACUCUAAUGGACCAAGAAUUUGGCUAUUUAAUUCUAGCUACCCAUCUAUUCCGCAGCUCAGAUCACUUCUCUAAACUCACUGCGAAAGUUCAGGCGGACCUACCUCCUGGGUUUGCCCUCGAGUGGGAGAGUUUUUAA